AUGGAGACGAUGCGAGCGCAGCGUCUGCAGCCGGGAGUGGGCACCACCGGGAGGGGCACCCUGCGAGCGCUGCGCCCCGGGGUGACCGGGGCUGCGGCUGCCCCCGCCACCCCCGCAGUGGGCUCCCCGCCGGCCCCACCGCCCCCCGCACCGCCCCCGCCGCCCCUGCUCCUGUCCGGGGCCCCCGGGCUGCCACUGCCCCCCGGCGCCGCGGGCAGCCCGGCGGUGCUGCGGGAGGCAGUGGAGGCCGUGGUGAGGAGCUUUGCCAAGCACACGCAGGGCUAUGGCCGAGUGAACGUGGUGGAGGCGCUUCAGGAGUUCUGGCAGAUGAAGCAGUCCCGGGGGGCUGACUUGAAGAACGGGGCUCUUGUGGUUUAUGAGAUGGUUCCCUCCAACACCCCUCCCUACGUCUGCUACGUCACCCUGCCUGGGGGGAGUUGCUUUGGGAGUUUCCAGUUCUGCCCCACGAAAGCUGAGGCCCGGCGGAGCGCUGCGAAGAUUGCACUAAUGAACUCUGUGUUUAACGAACAUCCUUCCCGAAGAAUCACGGAUGAGUUCAUUGAGAAGAGUGUCUCUGAGGCCCUGGCAUCCUUCAAUGGCAACAGGGAGGAAGCUGACAACCCCAAUACUGGGAUUGGUGCCUUCCGAUUCAUGUUGGAAUCCAACAAGGGCAAGUCAAUGUUAGAAUUCCAGGAGCUAAUGACAGUUUUUCAGCUGCUGCACUGGAAUGGCAGCCUUAAGGCCAUGAGGGAAAGACAGUGCUCUCGGCAGGAAGUGUUGGCUCACUAUUCACACCGGGCCCUGGACGAUGACAUUCGUCACCAAAUGGCACUGGACUGGGUGAGCCGGGAGCAGAGUGUGCCAGGGGCACUGUCUAGGGAGCUGGCCUCCACGGAGCGGGAGCUGGACGAGGCCCGGCUGGCAGGCAAGGAGCUGCGCUUCCACAAGGAGAAGAAGGACAUCCUCAUGCUGGCUGCGGGGCAGCUGGGCAACAUGCAUUCUUCCAACUGCUAG